AUGGCGCAACCCCGAGCAAUCACGAAACAGAAUCACGUCAACUUGAACGGACGAACCCUAGAAGGAGGUGGCCAGCUAGUCCGCAUUGCGCUAGCACUGUCGACAUUGACCAGCCGACCAGUCAGCAUCGAUCAUGUUCGCGGAAACCGCCAGGGAAAGAAAGGAUUGAAAGGAUCUCAUGUCGCAGCGGUCAAGUUGCUAGGCGAGAUCAGCGACAGCAAAGUUUCGGGCAAUGUUAUCGGCUCCGAGUUCUUGAACAUCACUCCAGAACACUCACAGUCAACCAACGGACCAUUGGUUGAUUUAUCCCAAGUUGAGGUGCAGUCUGAAUACGACAUUCGCCUCCCGACAGCAGGGGCCAUCUUCCUUGUCUUCCAAGCUCUCUAUCCAUACCUACUUCAUGUUGGAUCGAAGGCAGCAGCUCCAUUUAUCACAGUCACAAUCACGGGUGGAACAAAUGCAGCAUUCUCACCAUCAUACGACUAUGCAACACAAGUCCUUGUACCCAAUUAUGCUAGGCUUGGGCUACCUCCUCUUUUCAUCCUCCUUCACAAGCGUGGCUGGUCAUCAGGGCCGGUUGAGCUAGGAUCAAUACAAUUCCUCAUUCAUCCACUUGAGAAUCAAGAUGCUUCGGACGAAGUGCAGAGAACAGAGUCACAGUCUGCAAUCUCUGGGUUUCCUCGGAUCAAUCUCAUGGACCACAAGUGUGGGGGAAUCACGAAGAUUGAUAUUACAAUACUAGCACCAGAUUCACCAGCCAUCAAUGCGGGAGAGGGCGGGAUUACUGCUCGUCAGUUUAUCGAGCAAGUUGUUCAAAAGACCCUGCGCCGUGCACUAAAGAAGUUGAAUCCGUCUACAUUUGCUCAGGCCUCGACUUCCAAUCCAGAAGAGGACGACAUUGCUAGAGAUUUUGCCGAUGACAGACCGGUUCCCAUUGAGAUCCACACAUCGGAACCCACAAGCCACCGCAGUCAUGUAUACAUCCUGCUUGUGGCCCAUACCUUUUCAGGCUUCAGGAUAGGACAUGAUGCUCUGGGUAGUAUACCCAAAGAUCCAUUCGACCAAAGGAGAAAAGCAAGGCACAGAGGAAAGCAACAGCCGUCAAGUUCUCAUUCUCGACCUGAAGCAGAUGCUUACGGGAUCAAGAGUCUGGUUGGUCGAUGUGUGGAUGGGUUCAUUGAAGAGAUCUCGAAUGAGAGGCCAUAUCUAGAUGACACAAGCCCCCCGGUAGCGAGCCAUGCCUAG